AUGAGAAAUACUUGGUUGAAUCUAGUCACCCAGGUUAGCCUGGUUGUGCAAACUUUCAGCUCUAUCGUCCUGGCCGCCCCAGCUGCAUAUGUUGACUGCCAGAAACCAACUUUGGAUCCGCUAACCAACUGCCCUAAUGGAACUAUCUUGGUGUCGGCCUCAAGUACCCAUGAUGUGCACUUCAACACGAUCCAGUCUGCAAUUGAGUCUCUGCCUCACGACAUGUCGCAUCAAAUUAUCUUGAUUCUUCCUGGAAAUUAUACGGAGCAGCUCAAUAUCACCCGCCCUGGACCGGUUACUUUGCUUGGUCAAACUCCUCAUCCAACAUUGCAGAGUCGAAACCAGGUGCAGGUCUAUUGGGCCGCAGCCAAUGUCAAGGGCCGAUAUACAGACAAUGCAUUUACAGCUGUUUUAACAGUCGCACCCACUCUUGAGUCUAGUCUAACAGGCUCCGGUCCUACUGGCUAUCCAGUACCUUCCAACACUCCAUUCGGCUGUGUAAAAUUCAGCGCUUACAAUAUCGACUUUCGUAACGUGUAUGCCGAAUACGCAGCCGCACAAUCUCUAGCCGUGAGCAUAAGUUAUGCCAACGCUGGGUUCUACUGGUGCGGUAUCUACAGCUAUCAAGACACGGUUUACGUUGGUAAGCUUGGAAAUGCGUAUUUCUACCGUAAUGAGAUUGCAGGACAAGUAGACUUUCUUUACGGUUUUGGAACUGGAUGGGUUCAACAUUCCAACCUUACUCUUAGAUCCUGUGGCGGUGGCAUUACCGCCUGGAAAGGAACAAACACGACUUUCCCCAACAAAUAUGGAAUCUAUAUCUCCGAUUCGUUCGUAAACGCAGCGAAUUCAUCAAUCGCAUCGUCAAUAGUCGGACAUUGUUACCUUGGCCGGCCUUGGAAUGAUCUUCACCGCAGUGUAUUUUUAAAUACCAGAUUGGAUGCAAGCAUUACUCCACCCGGCUACAAAACAUGGUCGGGAGGAGCCCCAUUCACCAAUGGCUCAAACUACGGCAAUAUGACCUUAAUGGCCGAGUAUAAAGACUAUGGGCCAGGUUUUAACGCAAGUGAACGCCUGGCCGGCAAUAUUACAACUCUCUUGAGCCCCAAGCAGGCUAGACAAUAUCGAACACCCAAAGAUGUUUUUAUGACACCCACAGGUUCACAGCCUAACAUUGAUUGGAUUGAUGCUGGUUGCUAUACGUGGUAA